GGAAAGUGGUCAUAUGCAACAAACAAAAGGGAUGAGGUCUUCAAUCAUAUUUCUUUGUAUUGUGGUGUGUGUGAAUGUAACAGCUGCACGCACGUUGAGCCGACAAGAACCACUGUCAGUGUACGAUGUUCUUGAGAUGUAUGAUUUCCCAGCGGGUCUUCUUCCGCAAGGUGCCACAGGCUAUGAGCUAGAUGAAAAGAAUGGGCACUUCACGGUGCAUUUCGAUAAGCAAUGCAUCUUCAGCGUACAGUCAUAUGAUCUCAAGUACAAAACCACCAUCAAGGGAGUGAUCUCCAAGGGAAAGCUUUCCAAGCUUAAGGGUAUUAGCGUUAAGAUUGAACUGUUGUGGCUCAAUAUCGUUGAGGUGACUCGCGAAGACGAUGAGCUCCAAUUCUCGGUGGGUGUUGCUUCUGCUGCCUUUAGCGUCGACAGCUUUUCAGAGAGCCCUCAGUGUGGAUGUGGAUUUGAUUGCUACAAUUCCAAUAAAAUUGGGUAUCUUUCUUCCCUUUAAUUUCAAAUU